AGUUCGUGCGGCGACGACGAGAGUGACGAACGCGAGCGAGUGUCGUUCUGAAUAUCGCGUGCGUUUCUUCUGUUGGGAUCAGCAUUGUCGUAGUGCUGAAUUUUUCAAUGAAUUAUUUCGCGCUUAUGGAGUAAUUUCGAAAUUGUCGUAUUUUACCUUGAAAGCGUAUCGCGCUCGCAAAAUUCGAGAAUGUCGUACGAAUUUACCGUAAAAUUCGGGAGGGUACGAAUUUACUGUAAAAUUCGAGAAUGUACGAAUUUACUAUAAAAUUCGGGAGUGUCGUAUCGUAUAUGAUAAUUAGUGCCAUAUAAAUGUGUAUGUGUUGUAUUUGGACGAUGCAGCCAACGACAAUAAUGAUUGCAACAACGAAACAUUGGCUGAAUUAAUUAAUCUGGAUCGUCAAUGUGGCAACAAAGACUUCUGUGACUCUCAGUGGCAAGAUAUUAUUUCGACGUUGCUCUGUGUUUCACGAAAUGGUUCAGAGAUAGUUCCACAGGAAUUUGCAAGCGGUUGAUUUUAAAAGCUGGAAAUAUUCUUUUCAUGCAACGACUAGUCAGCGAUGCAGUUUUAUCGGUCUCCAUCGAGGAUCUUGGAACUAAUUCGUGUGCCCAGAUGAGAUAUGCGUAUACAGUGUACUGCAGUCGGAAUUUUGCCACAAAAGAUGUAUAAGAACAGGGAAGACGAAAAUAAUCGUGCAAACGUAGAGACGGAAAUUGAAGGCAACGAUUUAGCCGAGGAAGAAGAGAAUCGUCAGCGUGAUCGCAGCUCAUCGAAGAAGCUGGGCGAGAAUUACGAGUCGAAUCCGUGGACCGGAGGGUGCGCGAGCGCCGCCGAGCGAUGGAUUUUGUGCUGCUGCUGCUCGUGAUUCUGCUGAGGCAAGAGGUCGCUGCUCUGAAGCUACUUCACGUAAAUGUCCCGGCGAACGUCUUCAAGGACACGAACGCGCUUCUAGAAUGCAGAUACGAUGCGGAGAAAGAUGGCAUCUAUGGAAUCACAUGGUACAAGGACCACGAAGUAUUCUAUAAAUACGAAUUUAAUACAGCCGGCAAGUACAUGUAUACGGUCGACGGCAUUAAAGUUGAUUCUGUUCAAUCGGACCACCAGCAAGUUGUACUGAAGAGCGUGACUCUCCGUACCACCGGUAUGUACAAGUGCGAAGUUAGCGGGGAGGGUCCGAGCUUCAGCUCAGUUAGCGGCAAUGCGAGUAUGGAGGUCAUAGUGCUACCUAACGAAACGCCUAAGAUAACCGGGGAGGAAAAGGUGUACGCGAGUGGCGACGUUCUCGCGCUGAAUUGCACCAGCGACAAGUCCCAUCCUGCCGCGCGACUCAAAUGGUUCGUUAAUGGCCAGCAGGUGAAGCCCGAUUCGGAGAUGUUUUUCGAGCAACACGGAUUGUACUCCACGAUAUCGAGUCUGCUACUCGAGCUAAACCCGAGUCAUCUCGUCAGCGACAAGAUAAUCGUCAGGUGCGAGGCGACGGUGAGACCGAAUUACGUCAUCGACGACCGAUUCAUCGACACGCGCGACACCAAAGUUUUCGAUGUACGUGACCAAAUAAUAAUAAACCAUGAUGACAGAUCGGGAAAUGAGAAGUCGGCAGAAACACGAUUUAAUUACACAUCCACUUGUAUAACAUAUAGAUAA